AUGAAUGCAAGUCUCUCCACCUCUCCCCAAUUGCGAUUAAUUCGUUUUGCCCAACUUACUGCUCAAAAUGUCCAAUUCACCUUCCUCUUACCGGCAUGCUUGGUUCGUGGUUUUAUCAGUGAAGUGGACUCUGCCACCUUCGAAUAUGGCAAUCAUAUGUGGCGUUUGAGGAUGGUGCGCACUUCACUGCAUAUAGGCGCCUAUCUAGAGUUGGUUAUACCUAGCAGAGUGACAGAAGGUGCUUCCUCGGAGGAGGACUUUUCACUUUGGUUGGAUUUCAUUUUUACUGUGAUCAAUCUGAAUCACUUCUCGGACAAUCAGACAUUCACUGAAAAACAGGUCCUGUUCAAUCGCGAGAACAUGAGUCGAGGAAGUGGUUGCCUUAUUGAGGCGACAGUGAUAAACGAAAGAAACUUUGUACAUGAAGAUGGCUGCCUAUUGGUUGAAUUGGAGUUGGCAAACGUGGAGGUUAGUUUAAGUCUACCGCUGAGUCUAAGCAAGGAAAAUCACUUUGAAUCUUCAUGCUUUGUGUAUGGUGGCGAGAUUUGGAAAGCUGAAAUGACUGUUGACUUGAAGUUUAGGGCUUCAUUCAAUCUCUCUUGUCAGUCUACUGACCAAACCCUCGGAUAUUUGGUCUCCUUUGAGCUGCUAGUCAACUCUACUCUUGAAGUCAGUCCUCGAUUGGACCUACUGGUACACCAAAGUGGCGGUCAUAUCGAUUUACCUGAUGACAUUAAUGCACAAAUUUUUUCAAGUUGGACAGAAUCCUUCCAUCGAGGACUGAUAUUUAUUUGUUUAAAAGGCAUCCGCCUAUACAGAGUUGGUCUUUUUAUUUUGCCCAACGAUUUGACGGAGGAAAGAUCCUUUCUUAAGUGUGCUGAAGAUGCAGGUGGAUCUUCGUGGACUGUCGCCUUUUUCGUCGCUAGUGAAUGUCUCCAUGUCUGUUUGACGCCUCAGGGAGCCGAGACUUCUGCACUGCAGCCAAAUUCAGUUCGUGUAGUUGGAUGGAGUUGGUGUUUUCGGGAUGAUCCUUUACAACACUUUGGUGAGGUACAACAAGUCUACAUUCGUCAAAGAGAACCCAUUUCACAGCAGCAUUAUCUUCAAACUGACCCUUAUAUUCCCGCUGAAGUGAUUCACAGGAAAGACAGUUUAAGUAGUCAAGCGCAAAAGAACAUGAGAGAGGCAGACGAAGAGGUGAAGAGUGAAUGCACCGAUCCUAUAUUUCUCAGUGGAUCAAACUUGAAGGUCAGUAAUUUUUUAUGCGUUUGCAACUCAUCACCAUGUAAGAAACUUUGUUUGUUUUGGUACCAUCUAAAACUCGCUUUGGAAGUUUUCAGCUCAUAA